UCAGCUGCUCGUCACAUCCGUUUUUAAAGUGAAGUUUGGGCAAGUCUAUUCUGGGAUGGUGUAUGAGUGGCGCUCUUAAACGUUUCAUCCCGGCGGGUGUGCGAUUUACUUUUCGUUAGCUUGUGGUUCGAGAAGAAAAGAAAUCCGAAUUGGGUGCAAGUUCUUUUAAAAGAGACCUGAAGUGUCCAAACAAACUCUAAAACCGCGAUGACUCAAUUUCAACAACCUGAGAAGUCAGGAUGAAAUAGACAAACUACAUGAGGAGGGGGUUUUUGUGCUGGUCAAGUGAAAGAGACUGUAAAUUUACUUUUGGUUUUGUGUUUGGAGGGAGGGGAGCAGGCAAGCGAAAUGGAGUUACUUGUAACUUUCCUGCUACUGUCUGCAUUAGGGUUGUGCCAAAGCGAAAACCUUUUGUUGCCUCUGAAGAUUUCCACUUACAACGGCUCAGGAGAGGUGCUCAUAGACAAACGGAGUUCACUGCUGGGCGGUAUCUCGUUCGCCUCUCAGUCUGCGGGGGCUGUGAGCUUCUUCAAUAUGCUCAACAAUCUGAAAGGAGAUGUAGGCAGAGGCUACUAUCUGGAAGUGUUGAUCGGGACGCCUGUACAAAAGAUGAAUAUACUGGUCGAUACUGGGAGCAGUAACUUUGCAGUGGCUGGUGCAGCAAACAGCAAUAUAAAGACCUAUUUUAAACCAAAAUUCUCGAGCACCUACAAGUCUAGAGACCAGUUUGUGUCAGUCAGAUAUACCCAGGGAAGUUGGGAGGGUGAACUCGGCAUUGAUGUCAUCACAGUUCCAAAAGGACCUAAUGGCACUGUCACCACCAAUAUUGCCACUAUCCUCCAAUCGGAGGACUUCUUCCUGCCUGGAAUAAACUGGCAAGGCAUUCUGGGGCUGGCCUACAGUACGCUAGCUAAACCAUCCAGUUCAGUGGAGCCAUUUUUUGACUCAUUAGUAAAACAGAUCAGGAUCCAAAAUGUAUUCUCGCUGCAGAUGUGUGGUGCUGGAUUGUCGUUAAUAGGUGAAGAGCAAGCCAGCCCUGCAGGAGGGAGCCUGGUAAUGGGUGGAAUUGAAGUGAGUCUCUAUAAAGGGGAUAUAUGGUACACCCCUAUCAAAAGAGAGUGGUAUUACCAAAUUGAGGUUCUUAAACUGGAAGUAGGAGGACAAAACUUAAACCUGGAUUGUACAGAGUACAACUCUGACAAGGCCAUUGUGGACAGUGGUACCACUCUCCUGCGCCUACCAAUUAAUGUGUUUGAUGCAGUUGUAGCAACCAUCAAACAAACCUCAAAGGUUGCAGAAUUUGCCGAUGGGUUUUGGUCAGGCAGCCAGUUGGCUUGUUGGACCUCAGGGACUAUACCUUGGUCUUACUUUCCAGAAAUCUCCAUCUACCUCCGAGGAGAAAAUUCAACCCAGUCUUUCCGAAUCACCAUUAUGCCACAGUUGUACGUCCAACCAAUGGCUGAUAUUGGAGUCCAGAUGGAAUGCUAUAGAUUUGGAAUCUCCUCCUCGACUAAUGGAUUGGUCUUGGGUGCCACUGUGAUGGAAGGCUUCUACGUCAUAUUUGAUCGGGCACAGAAACGAGUUGGAUUUUCUAUCAGCUCGUGUGCAGCCAUUGAUGGUUCUCCAGUCUCUGAAAUCGCUGGCCCAUUCUCAGCAGCAGAUGUUUCGAGCAACUGUAUCGGCAAAAGACCAAGGAGCGAGCCUGCACUCUGGAUCAUCUCCUAUGCUCUGAUUACACUGUGUGGCAUUACCCUCCUGGUUUCAGUCAUCUUGCUGAUUAUUCCUUACAGCCAUCGCAAUGGCAAUGGUCUCACUGAUGAUUCAUCAUUAGUUCGGCAUCGCUGGAAAUGAAGCUAUGCACAGCAUCCCUGGAGCAUGCUUGGAAUGAUUAUUGGGCUGUUUGCACUAUUUUAUGGCACCUGUGUAGCCUGGUGCCUACGGAACAAGUUUGAUUAUUUAAAAAGUAAAUGAUGACUAUUGUUGUGGCACGGUUGGGAACUGAACCUUCAACCCACGUCUCUCAGAAUGUGCAUUCUACUUAAUUGCCCUCCAAUCCUGAUUUGCAGCGAGUAUACUGUACAUUGACUAACAUUUAUUAGUUAUCCAAUCACUCUGUAAACUUCAAAUGUACUAUUUGGAAAUGAUUUGAAAUUAGGCAAUUUUGUGUAGAUUGAGUGCUUGGAUGAUUGUAAGGUUUCCUAUCCAUUUUAAUUAUGAAUGGGCCUUGACAUUGAAUACAUUUUCAAAUUGUGAUGUGGUCAGAGUUUUAUAAUACCACUAGGGGAGAAAGAGCUAAACAAAAGAAUUCUCCAAAUUCCUCUGCACCAGCAUCCCUCAACCAAAGACUAUGAAGACAGUAGGAAAGUCAGAAGAUGUCAAUAAGUGUACAGCCAUCUCUCAUGGUUACAUUUUGGGGUCACAGGACAAUUCGAUAGAAUAUUUUCUUUUUGCUUUCUUUAAAUUGGAGAUAAUUGUAAAUCUUAACGUCGAUGGAUGUGUUAAGCCAUUAUUGUGAAUUUAAAAAGUUGCACUCUUUAUAUAAACUGCAAGACAUACUACAGUUCAGGGGUUUCUUUUGCUACCAAUUACAGGGGGUGAGGUUGUCAGGAAUAUUCCUGGGAAUGUCAGGUGCCUUGAAUUGCUGUUGUAUUUUACAAGUUUUAGUCUACAAAUCACUGUUAUGCCUGAGCUGCUUCUAUGCAUGAGCUGCUGCUACCAUUCAGUCUCUUGUGUGUUACAGUACUUCAGUGUAGGGCUUGUGUUCUAGCGCCAUCUGUAGCAAGCAAGUGAAAUUGCAGCCUUGUAAGCUGCUCCAACCAUACCUGUUCCUGUGGAUAUGCACACCCAUGUCCACGUUCCUCAACUUUCUCCAAGAGAUCUCCCUAACUAUCCUUUUUGAAUUUCCAAACUCUGCACAGUUGAUUACAGAUGAGGCUGAAGCAUUUAUCAGCUGCUUUGCACAAACAGUCCUGGCAUCCUGACACUGCUGAUUUAAGAUGCCUCGUCAUUAAGUGACAAGAAUGGGUGACACCCAUUGUUUCCCAGGCAUUCUGUCAGUGAAAGGCUUCUGUCAUUCUUCCUCAUUUCAGGCUGCAGGCUGACACAAACUUACUUGCACUCCACAGAGUUUGGGUGAGGGUGGAGUUUCCUUCGGAUCAUGAUGGACACAGUUCAAUACUACCGCUGAAUUAGCAGAACAGACAGCCCUUGGGUUUCGUCUUCCCGCACUCCCCGCCAGUGGACACGCUAUUGAUUCUAUCUGACUGCCCAUGAUCACAUCAAACCCUUACAAAAGACCAUCAAUUUUAAUUUGCAUGUAGGAGAAGGGGGUCCAUUUGUGGGCUAGUUGUGCUUGUCUGGCAAUGAAGAUGCUGCCAUCAGCCUGGCUAUGGCGAGACUCUACCCACCCCCACCUGAGGAAGUGGUAAGCAAAACUGAUGGACAGUUUCUGAGCGAUAUAUUGAUUUAAGUACAUCUCUUUGUCAGAUGAACACUCUGACACUGUCAGUCCUUUUACUUGCGAAUCUUUGAAAGCAAAGUUGCAGAAUGUGGUAAACUUUCCAUAUUGAACAGAAAAAACCCAAGCUAGUAUCAAGUACCCAGAUCAAUUGGUUCCUAUGUUUCCUAGGCUUCUGUUGGACACACACCACUGUGAUAUAUUUGUUGGCCAGAUAUUGACCCUGGCAGCCACAGUUUAAGUAAAUUUAUAGAGAUUGUUGCAACUCAUUUCAUGUAGGAUGCUAGUAAAUGAAGCUUGCAUCCAAUCAGCUUGGGCUGGGACUUCAGUUCUUAUUUAAUGAAAAUUGAAGCGCCCAGACUGAGCACAAAAUCAUUUUAGUUUUGUAAAAAUAUCUUCAGCAACAAUUCUACUUCACCUGUCACUGCCAAAAGAAUGUUUAUGAAAUGUAAAAUAACAUUUUUGGAGAUUGACACCUUGAAAAGCUUUUGAUGGUUAACAGAGCUCUUUGCUUUUUAAUGUGUGACAUAAUGUGGUAACAUCAAACUUAAAGAUGAAGCAUCUUGUCAACCAAAGCGUCCACCUCUGAGAUUAUUGUACUAUUUUAUGUACCUUUUAAUUUUCAGUCUGCUACAGCACAAGUGUCCUGGGAUUUUGUAAAAAGCAAGCCUGUCACUUUAACAGAAUAGUAAUUAAGUUAUGAAUAAAACCCUUGGAGUUUGUAAAUCUUAAAUAAUAAAAUAA